AUGCUUGUCGGAGAUUUUAAUAGCAGAACUGCUUCUGAUAUUGAUUUUUCAAAUAUUGUAAAUAGCAAACAUGAUAUAGUUAGUGAUUCAGAUUUAUGCUAUGAUUACUCAAAUGUUUUACAAGAGUUAAAUAUGUUAAGUAUUAGAAAAAAUUAUAAUGAUUUUGGUCCUUUGCUGAUAGCAAGUGGUUCUUGUUCUCCAGAGAAUUUUAGAGUUACUGUUAAAGUUGACGGUAAGCCAGUAAACGAAGAUUUAGUUCUUGAUCUUGAGAAGAAAACUUUUUUAGUCAAUGUCGGUGAAGUGAACCAUCUAGGGCCAAAUUGGUCAAAGACCAUUAAUCUUCACGAUUUUAAUGUGAAAAGACUGGCAUUAAAGAAAGUAGACGACGGAAUUUGUUAUGUUACACUCAUGACAGAGAAUCUGACAGAAAUAAGUGCGCGGCUUCAUAAUAUGACGAGCCAAAUAUUUGCAACUAAUCUAACAAAGCAUGUGUACCAAUUAAGCAACACAAAUAUGUCAAACGAAAACUUGCUUGCCUAUGCUGGUCCAAAAAUUACAAACUUUUGUCACGGAUACAAGUCGAUAUACGCACACAGACUGGAACAUGAUAUGAACUUACGUAGACGGUUUGCACCAGCGGAGGCAGCAAAAGCACCCACAGUUCUUUGUAGCUGCUCGGAGCAUAUUAUGUAUGAGGGGAACAAUCAGGACAAAUGA